UUCGCGCGUUCAUGGUGAAUAUAGAAACAUUGGGUUAAUUUGUUAGCUGAUAACCGGAAUUCAGAUAAGCUGACCAGAAAAUCUAAGUUAUUCCACACAACAUUAAGACCGCAGAGCUUGAGUUGCUUGCAACUUUUAAUUAAACAUAAGCAUAUCCUUUUGAAUAAUCAUCCGACAUUAAGACUUUUGUAAUGGGGUUCUGUGAAAAUGUUGGACAGUUGAACUUACUGGGCGCGUUGUUUGUGGUCUCAAGGUUGUUGUUGCAUUUACAAUGUGGGCAUUCCAAGUUGCUAGGAUUGCGUACUCGUUUUGAAGAUCAAUAUUUCCGAAGAAAUAACUUUAUUUGCUGGCUUGCAGUUAGGAUGAAGCUUUUUCUGCACAACAUACUUACUUCUCGUGUCUUAAAGUCUGUGAAAGUGGGAUAUCCACUAAAAUUGAAAGCCAACACAUUAAAGGUAUCAACAGUUGAUUAUGACCCUGCAUCAGUUGCCCGUUUGAUUCCAAAAGUGGAGUGGUCUGUUGUGAAGUCAGUAGCAGAUGAAAUUGGUGAAGAAUACAUUCCUUGUUUGCCAGAAGAAGUCCCGGUUAAUUAUUCGGAAAACGAAGAAUUCUUAAAAUUGGCACACCGAGCACUUCUUGAAGUCGACGUAAUGGAGGGUGUACUGGUUUGCCCAGAAACUGGUCGAGAAUUUACCAUCUCAAACGGAAUUCCAAACAUGUUGGUCAACGAGGGUGAAUAAGUCCAUUGUAAAAUUCCUUGUAAAUUUUUUCUGCAUAAUAAAUAUUAUAUCACUGUUAAUUUCUGUAUAUGGUGGCCAGACUUUAAAAUGUUAUAACACACAGCAUCUCAACCAAUAAGCUAAGAUACACCAAACAACAGAUCACAACACAUUUAAACGUGAUGAAAAAGGUACAAUAGCAUUAGCAUGUCAGUUAAAUAUUCUAUAUUAUUAGUUGGUGAUGAAUCAAAUAUGACAUUUAAAGUAAUAAUUAUACUAAUUAAACAGAAG